CGGACACUUUAGCGCGUCGGACCCGCUCAGGAAGCUCGUCCCAGCUGUGACCUGCUCAGAGUUUCCUCAGUAACAUGGAGUCGUAGCGGAGCAGAGGAACCAUGAUCAACUUCAAGCUUCUGCAGAAGAACAAGACGGUCAGAUAUGGAGUCCCGAUGCUCCUGCUGAUAGUUGGAGGUUCCUUUGGCCUGCGAGAGUUCACACAACUGAGAUAUGAUUCCCAGAGGAUCAAGGGAAAGCUGGAUCCUUCACUGGAGGCUAAAGUCAACCUGGAGAAGCAGCCGGUGAUGCUGGAGGAGCAGUACGAGAGGAUAAAGGAGAAGGAUCUGGACGGGUGGAGGAACAUCCGUGGUCCUCGUCCCUGGGAGGACUCGAGGGACUAUCAGGAGCAGCAGCGAAUCCAGCAGAACAAACAGGACUGAGGCUCCGCGAGGCCCCGGCAGCGCCGACUGCAAACUGCAAACAAGCCACAGCCGGACGGACCAGGCAAGAAUGGACGCCGUCUGUGGCGAAGAUGCCGCAGAGACACAAUUAUCCCAGAGUCCACAACUUCAGGGCACUGGCUCAACUUGUUUCUUUGCUUGUGUUGGACUUGAAUCUUUGGACAUGUGCAUUGUUGUGGUCUCCUCUGGUUGUUCAGAGCUGCUUGUGGUUACAUCUAUACCACAUGAGCUUAAAACCUUGAAACAAGUUCAAGGUCUGCUUUAAAUUUAAAGAAAUACGCACUGACAUUUAAAGCAACACUAUGAAACCUUAAAACAUCAUUUUCUGAAUGAGUUUGACGGUUCAGUGACACCCUGAACAUCUGCUCCUGCUCCAGGUAACUUCUCCUGUGAGAAGUGAGGAACUGACUGAUAAAAAGACUUAUUCAAAACCAAGGAACUAUUAAUAUAUGACGAAUUCUACUCGAGUUUGGUGUUUUUCUGACAGCUCGUCAGGAGCCGGGAAUCAUGGGUAAUAUCCACCUUUACAUAGCGUUGCUUUAACACACAGAAGUCACCUGUUGAUUGGCGUCUGAUGAACAACCAGUAGGUGGCACAUCUGAGUCUUUCACACAGUUGAAAGGUGGGAACUUUACACAUGUAUGUCCAUAUACAGGUUUAUAUCCAUAUUUGAUUUAUUUUCUCAAUAAAUUAUUGCUAUUGAUCCAAA